UCGUGUAUCUCUGUCGUAGAUAUGUUUUCGACGUCGUGACGGCGUGAUCGACGACAUCGGCGAUCAUGAUCAUGUGUCAACUUCUAGAAAUAGCAUCACAGAUCUAUCUAAUCAGAGUGUCUAGACGAAUCAGUCGUUCACUAGUUUCCUGUAUUAAUAGAUUAUAUAAUGUUUACAACGUGCGCUUAAUCGAAAUGACGCUUUGCCUCGGACUGGAGAAAAUAGAGAAUUUAUGCUGUCAGUUGGCGGGCGCCUUAGAUCUUCGCAAACACGGUCCAACCGAUGCAGAAUCAAAGGAUGGUCUGACAGUAUUAUUACACCGCGCGAACGACACGUUACCGAGAACAUCGUUGUUCGAUCUCGUGGGAUAUAUCGUGUUCAAGCUAGCAGACCCGAUCUACCAGUAGAAAAGCUCAGCUGUGGAUUUUACAGCGACGCUCGCUGGACCUCGAAAUAUCUUAGUCUGUCGAGAAUCAGUGACAGUGUUUGGGUAUUUCUCAUGGGAGUCUAUGUUUCUUCGAAGCCCGGAAGAAUUGGGUUUGUUUCACAGAGCUAUGUCAGUCUGGAAUGACAGAGCAGAAAAAUGUGGGGCAUACCGCCCUCUCUCUCAUGUCACCAGCCAGACAAUUUUCUAGGACGCGUGUUUUAAGGCCUCUCUCCAGGUCGAUAAAAAACGAAAAUUUAAUGCAACCGACCCGCUCACUUCACAUGGUUAAUAAUGACUAACUAUGCUCUUUUCUACAGAACUUUGGCGUCUCCUACAAAAUAACAAUGAUAAGAACCCAUCAUUUUGGCCACCAUUUCUCCAGUUACUACUAUAAAUGUUUCGGAUUCGUGGUACUGUCGUUAAACACCGCUCGCAAUACGAAACGUGUGUUUACGCCGAGCUUCGGAUCGAGACAACUUAGUGUCCCACGAUCACGGGGCUAAAUUAUUCAUUACUACUCCAUCUAAUAUCAACUAAGGUACUGCACUCCACCGUGUUUAUUUCCGUCCUGCUAUAUGACCACCCUGGGCCCCACGCCAUCUUUCACGCAACGCCAUCAAAAUCCGUGUGUGUGUGUGUGAAUAUGAUUGUAAUAUGUUGCAACCGGAAAACGGGCCAAAAACAUGAACAAUUCUUGACUUUAUCCCAAUUCCCAUCCGCAGACCUAUUGAACUCCGUCGAUGUCCUUCGUCAAUACCCAUGACUAGCGUCUCACGUCCCGCUGAGCACCGGGGACAUCGGAACCACGGCAAGAAGAGCAGUAAGCAGAUGCCAAAAGAAAAAAACAACCAAUUACGUCAAGAAUUAAAUUACUAAACUGCACCGUAAUACAUCAUUAGCAAUAUUAUCGACAAUAUCAACUGACGUUCAUGUCCGUAUUCACAGAGCGUAAGCAGAAACGAGUAUCGUAGUAUUCAAGCUUGUGAAGAUUCAAAAUUCAACUCCUAUCAGAGCUAUACCAACGAAAAUCACUAGCAAGCGAACAAAAUCUCGAAAAUAGCUAUUUGACCAGAUAAAUUGAGCCAACAUAGCAUUACUCAUCUCAGCACGCAACCACUUGAUUAUUAGAAAAAGUAACAAAUCGGCACGACCCAUUAUCGUAAUCAGUGUUAGAUGAUAACAGCAGCAGCAACAGUAACACCAUCAUAAACAUCAGCAAUGUCACAAUCGCUCUCGCAGGCAUCAUCGCUAGGUCGGGGCUAAUCCUUUAUCUCGUAACGAUUUUCUUCGUAUAAUUACUUCAUAGCCAUCGUCGAGCCGAUAGCCCGGCCAAACGUCAACACUCCAAGCGUAGACAAUCAUCGUUGUGCAUUUCCAUACGGGCUCACAGUGAGACGUCUUCAUUUUCGUCUGUUACGUGACAACGGGUACAAGCAAUAAAACAGCAAUAGCAUCGCACCGAACCAUCAUCGUUGGCGCCGAUUGCGGCUUAAUCGUUCUUCAAGUGGUUCCUUUUUAACCGUGCCUGUCGUUCAACUACGUCGAGCACCGACGUAACAACAAUACCUUCACGUUGUGUCGGCGUGAUUCCAGCAACCGUGCAAGCUUUUCGAUUCGAAUGCGAUAACACGUGACAAAUAGAGGCCGGUGUCUCGAAAGAAAGUGGGACCAGUUGAAGAUGGCUGCAGGAAGGACAAGGAUCAUACCGACGCAACUUCCCUAAGCGGCGCUGUGAGGGCGUCCCGUCGGCCGAAUCCCGUCGUGGGAGCGGGGUAGGACCAGAACGGGCCGCGCGCGGUGCUCAACAUCAACAUUUUGUUCGAAGGAUUUUCAAAACAUCACCAGCCAAAGCGGACUCGUUGCAACACAGAGUAAUAUGCGACUUGCAUCUGUCGUUGUAUAUCUGACAGUGAGAUCUCAACGACGCAAAAAGGCCAGAGGAAGAGAAUACAACGACGUUGACGGAUAACUGUAUAACACAUACGGGAAUACUAGACCAAGAGGAUGAAAGAGACAACGUCUGAUAGAAGAAAAUUGCACCAGACAUAAGGGGAACCUGAGACUGAGAGCAAGGAAAAGGUCAGAGCGCUAAAGGAGUCAAUUAAGUUGGACGGAAAAAGCUGACAUAAACAUUGCAAAAUUGAAAACCAUUAAAAAAAGAUAAGAGGACAAUUAAAUCAUAUAAAUAACAACACAUCAUCCAUUAUUAUCCAGCGAUUAAUAAUAGUUUCUACGAUAAAAGGCACAGUGACAUCUGUUCAUCAGCAUGCUGCAUCACAUGAUCAAACGGGAGGAUUCGAACUCUUCAAUCGGGUCCUCCUCCACACCUCCGCCAAUGCUGUCGGCGUACUCAGAAGCCGCAACGGCGCUGUACAACAAUGUCGUCAAGAGGUCCAUCUCGCCCAAUCAGGAAGAGCACAUGAGCUUCAUCAGCGAAUUCACGUACAGCGAUGAUAUCGGCGAAGAGGCAUCGCCCUCGCCCCCUCUUAGCCCAGAGAUGGCGGUUGGAGACGUGAAUGGGGGCAUGGGUGGUAUGGUAGGCGUGGGCAGCCUCGGGGUCGGACACUACCUUGCUGUUCGAGCCGGUAGUGGAACUACGGGUGGUCAAGCAAAUGCUACUGGCCAACGGGGCGAACAGGGCUCCCCGCGACGAGUGUGCCUCGUCUGUGGGGAUGUCGCGUCGGGGUUUCAUUACGGCGUUGCAUCGUGCGAAGCUUGUAAAGCAUUCUUCAAAAGGACCAUUCAAGGUAAUAUCGAAUACACGUGUCCAGCUAACAACGACUGCGAAAUCAAUAAGCGUCGGCGUAAAGCGUGCCAGGCGUGUAGAUUUCAGAAGUGCCUCAAGAUGGGCAUGCUUAAAGAGGGAGUACGCCUUGAUCGUGUUCGUGGCGGUCGCCAAAAAUAUCGACGCAAUCCUGAGGGUCCAUAUCAGGUUGCAGCGCAACCCGUUAAACGUAUCUCGAUUGACGAAAACACGAUUAUCUCAGCGUUACUGAGUUGCGAGCCAGAGCCGUUAUCAAUUCGAUUGUCUGCGGUAAACAACAAUGCAUCAUUACAUGACCCGUCGGCAGCACUGGCAGCCCUCUCGGACAUCAUGGACCGCGAGCUAGUCAAUACAAUUGGAUGGGCCCGACAGAUACCGGGCUUUAGCGCCCUCAAUCUCGAUGACCAGAUGCGCCUAUUACAGACCUCUUGGGCUGAAGUCCUCUCGCUGUCAUUGGCUUAUCGGUCCACGAAUUCGUUAGACGCUUUGAAUUACGCGGUAGACCUGAGCAUCUCAAUGAUACAAGCCGAAGAGAUGGGCCUCGAGGAUGUGUUUCUGCACACCAAACAUCUUGCCCAGCGACUGGAGGCGAUCCGCGUUCAAAAAGAGGAAUUUCUUGCACUAAAAGCGAUGGCCCUCGUAAACGCCGAUACCGCGUUAGACAAUACGGCGGCUGUAGGAAAACUUCGCGAGGCAAUCAGUCUGUCCCUUCAGGAUUGCAUACUUGCUCUCAACGCGCACACAAACAAUGCUACUCCUCGAAUGGCACAACUCUUACUCAUCUUGCCGUUGCUAAGGCAACUCGACUUGAUGGUGCGGCAUUUUUGGCAACGGGCUCGUCAAGAGGGCAAAGUGGAAAUGAACAAACUAUUCUGUGAAAUGCUCGAGUGUCACAGUAGUCAGUUGCGGGCGGUGUGCUAACCGAAUGCCCUGUUGUCUAAAGACGACACAAGUUCUACUGCCUGUGACACCAGCCGCAGUCCGUCCUAAUUCUCCGCCAUUGUCUGCAUGUUGGCCUUUCUAUUGCGCCGGGCUUGGGUCCUUGUUUGCGUCUGUCUUCUUCUGGGAUAGUGAUUCUAACGCCAGUACAAUAAUCAACUGCCGAACUAACAGUUGUUGCCAAGAAGAUCUAAUUUCCGACUAUGGUGUUGCGGAAGACCAAAGAACUUAUACCAACACAACUUCUUCUGCCUAAGUUCAAAAACAAGCCAAGCUUCAGUUUGCUUUGAGUUUGUCAACUAACGCUUUGUGUGCUACAGCAUCUAAUUCCACCUGACUAUCGAAGCUGGAUGCGGUCGCGGCGCAUGGGAUUUAUACCUCAAUUAAUUUCCAUCAGUUCUACGGGAAAACUGACAUUACAUCGGGAAGGACGGGUGCGCGAACAGACUAUGAAGAGGAUCUCGUCAUUUUUACUCGUAUGCUUCAAGUCCGACACACGCAAAUCGACAAACAAGACAGUGUCUUCUUCGUAAAGCGGCGACAGCACUCCCCUGCAAAUUCUGCUACUACCAGAACUGCCCCCAUGUACCGCAACUCGUUCCACAACUUCUACUGCAACCAUUGUCUACCACAGCCAUCGUAAUCAUUGUGCUUAGCUUGCCUAUCUGUCGCCAUUUUAAUGACGCGCGCCUAUUUUCCAACGAAGGCCGUCCAUCGGCGACCUCGUCGGCGUCCUUUCGCACCCCCUAGGACUUGCGAGGCUUAGACAAAAGAGGUGAACGGAGUGCUUGCAAGAAACCAUAAAUCAUGCCACUGCGAUUAGUGACCGGUUUAUUGCGACUCAGACUAUAACCACUAAGGAUCAUCGAUUAUCAACAACAAUCCAAUUGUUGAUUGACGAUUCGUAGUUAUUCCUGUUGGUAAAGAGGGGACUAAUGCGCGAUUACUGUUGUUACUUUAUGCUGUUAGUACUACAAUAGAAAAAUUCACAGAGCUUUGCAUAGGUGUAAUGGGAAAAAAAUCUAUCAAAUACAAGGAAUAAUGCCUACGGUCAUUGGGUCUUCUUCCUUUUCCCGUCCAGUGUUUGUCGCAGAGAUGUGCGACUAACUGAUUCAGGGGGUUACUCGGCAUGAAAAUAUAAAUGGCGCAUCUGAGCCGGACCGUGUUUCGUUAAUUAUUUCCAUAGUAACAAUAUCUAAAAAAAGACAGAAACAAACUAAACAGUUUCCAAUUACACGCAAUUAGAGCAGAUAUCCAAUAUAGGUGACAGACGACGUUGAACGAGAGGUGAGCGAAAAAGGACAGACAACGCAAGCCCGUUGUUGUUAAGAGUUAAACUUUGUUGAGUAGUAUAGCGGUUACUAAUUAGAGCUAAUUAUAUUAUUACCAUUCUAUCUAAUGGUUAUUAGUAUGACUAAAAUAUAUUAACUGAUUGAUAUAAAAAGGAGCGGACGAUGGCAAUGAUGCAAAUACUAUUAUUAUGGUCUCUAACCCAAUAGGGCAUGGCGAAUGGCCAAGGUCAUGGUGUUGUUUAGGAAAAAAGCGAAAGGAAAAAGGGUUUGGUAAACGUGAUGAGUGUGUUCAUACUUGUGACAGGACUUAUUAUUACAGUAUAUAGAAUGUUUGGAAUCGUGAAAAGAGUGACAGUGCACUACGAUAUACUAUCAAUCGAUAGCAGAGAGACAAAUAGAAAAAAGGUAGUAGAGUCGUUGCGUCGUGUUUUUUGCCACGGCAUGAAAAUUGUAUCAUACAAUACAAUAGAUUCACAUAGGCUUAAUGCACGUACAUACACUUAGACACCGUGUGUGUGUGUGUGUGUGUGUGUGUGUGUGUGUGUGUGUGUGUGUGUGUGUCCCGUACAGCGACUUCAUUAACUGAUUAUAGCCGAUAAUUCUUGACAUGCUAUAAUUAUUCAUGACCUAACUAAUGGAUACUUUAUAUUGGUUGCAGGGGCUGUUAAAAGAUACCAUAAAAGAAGAAUGAAUGGUCAGGCUUACGAUUAUUAAAUAUGGAUCGGAUGUUAAAGGGAAAUAAUCAGACGUCUAUGUAAAUGCUAUAGAGAGACUGCUAUUUAGGAGAAUUGUGGAGAUGCUUACAUAAUAUGCGUAUUGUGUAAUUAAUAAGUGAGGAAUAUAAUUAAUUGAUGGUAUUGUCAUGACGUGGUGCCUCCGUCGAGGUUACAUUGGUUAAUUAUAUACGAUGUAUGCGCAUGGUACCAAAGAGUGUACAAGGACAGUGCAAAGGGGUGUCAACGAUAACAGUAAUGGCAAAAAGACGAAAUGAUUAUUUGGGCCUUGGCUUAUCAUAGAUAGAGAAAUAUCGCCCGACUCGUAGUUUAGGAUUGGAACUUGAUUAAUGACAACUGUUAUAUUAUUCUAUUACUAUAAGUUUUAAAUAAGCCCACUUCCAGAUACAAAUGUUAACUCGUGUUGGCUCUGGUGGUCGAGUACGCGUAAUUUAUUUGUUGUGACCGUGAUUUAUGAUGAACUAAAUAUUCUGUGACAGCCAAACAGGUAGUGGCUAUAUCCACCAGUAGUUAUGUUCUCAGCCGGAUAGAAAUUGAGGCAAUACAUCCCUCUGUUGAAUUUAGUGAACACUCCAUUAAGGCUUUCACCGUGAUUGUCGGUGCGACGUGAUCGAUCACUUACUGACGCAUUAAGCUCUCUUAAUUCAAUUUAUUACAUCUAUCGAUUGUUGCUGCGGCAGCAAUUGCUGAUUGUGGUGGCUAUUUACGGUCAGCCUUGCCGAGUGGCUGGGUCAAGAGUCCAGUCUUCCUGUCGUGAAUUAAUUUGGGUUCCGAUUUAUCGCAUCAUUUAUGACUCAGUUGGCUGAUGAUUCACUAAUCUAGCUUACGAGGUGCCAUUUUCUGUCCCUAUUGUUAAAUUGAUUGUUGUACAUUUGAUUAAGUGACCAUAAUAGAUAUAUAUAUAUAUAUAUAUAUAUAUAUAUAUAUAUAUAUAUAAGUUAACUACGAAGCUAAAUGGCUGUUACUGCUGUACGAUAAAUUAAAUGCGCAAUUGAAAAUUUGUGAUUGAAUUAUCUAGACCAAAUCAGCCGGGGUAGCAGCGGUAGCAGCAGCAGAAUAUAGUAACUCAUCAAAUCUAUGAUGUGAUCGCCAUCAUUUACCCCCGGAGAGGUGCGCUGAAAGUUGGCCGAUCAAAAAACGAAGUUGUAUUUGCCGAACAAGUUUGCCGCCUCCUAUUGUGCAAUAAUAUUAUAUACGAUAAUGUGUUAAUAUUCUGCUCUGCAUCUGUGCGGAUAGUAAGUAUAGUCGGGAAGACCAAAUCGGAACAGGCUGAUUUCAGGAGAUUUUUGGUGACUGAUGGGAGCGACAUAUAUGAUGUUCGUAUAUCACGGGUCCGACUACGAGAGAUGUACGACUGGCAAAUAGAAAGGGUAAAAACAGUUACUAUUGACAAAACAAAAAGGAAACAGUUAGUUGUUUGUGCGGAUUGCGGUAUGUUAAAGUUCUCCUAUAUUGUCUUGACAAAAUAGCGUUUAUUCAGCAGUUCGGUUGACAGCGAUCGCCUCGCUACUUUGUCGCAAUCGUUUUCACAUGUAGCAUUAAGGCUCUGAUCGAGCAUUGCUAUGACGAGGAUACUAGUACAAUAAAUUUACAGGAACACUAUAUUUAUUGACGGAUAUCAUUUAGCUGUGACGCGAAUGCCACGCGUCGUCCCUACCUAUGUAGACUAUGACAGUGUUACUAUUACUAAAUAUAUUCAUGGAUAAUGAUUUGCUAGCUAGCUGUGCUCAGUUUCAUUGAUGAGGUUUAAGUUUCAUAUAUAU